CCGGCGGGCCGCGGCGUGCCUGCGGGCGGUGGCGGCGGCGGCGGCGGGAGGCGGCGGCGGAAGAUGCCGGGCAAGCUGAAGGUCAAGAUCGUGGCCGGGCGCCACUUGCCGGUGAUGGACCGCGCCAGCGAUCUCACCGACGCCUUCGUGGAGGUAAAAUUUGGAAAUACAACUUUUAAGACUGAUGUGUAUCCAAAAUCACUUAAUCCUCAGUGGAAUUCCGAAUGGUUUAAAUUUGAAGUAGAUGAUGAAGAGCUGCAAGACGAGCCUCUCCAGAUCACAGUUCUUGAUCAUGAUACCUACAGUGCUAAUGAUGCCAUUGGCAAAGUGUACAUAGAUAUUGAUCCUUUGCUCUACAGUGAAGCAGCUACAGUUAUUUCAGGAUGGUUUCCAAUUUAUGAUACCAUCCAUGGCAUACGUGGGGAGAUCAACGUGGUGGUGAAAGUAGAUCUCUUCAAUGAUUUAAACAGAUUUAGGCAGUCAUCGUGUGGAGUCAAGUUUUUUUGCACCACAUCUAUUCCGAAGUGUUACAGAGCAGUAAUAAUUCAUGGGUUUGUGGAAGAACUUGUAGUUAAUGAAGACCCAGAAUACCAGUGGAUAGACCGAAUUCGCACACCAAGGGCAUCAAAUGAGGCUAGACAAAGACUCAUUUCGCUAAUGUCAGGUGAACUGCAAAGGAAGAUUGGCUUGAAAGUGCUUGAAAUGAGAGGAAAUGCUGUUGUUGGUUAUUUGCAGUGUUUUGAUUUGGAAGGGGAAUCUGGACUGGUAGUACGAGCCAUAGGAACAGCCUGCACAUUGGAUAAAUUAAGUAACACAUCAGCAUUUUUACCUGCAUGUAACUCCCCAUCCAAAGAAAUGAAGGAGAUUCCCUUCAAUGAAGAUCCCAAUCCCAAUACUCAUUCAUCAGGACCCUCCACCCCUCUGAAAAACCAAACCUAUUCCUUUUCACCUUCCAAGUCCUACAGUCGACAGUCCUCUUCUUCUGACACAGAUUUGAGUUUGACACCCAAAACUGCACCUUCCCCACAGGGACCUAGGAUUUUCCUGUUUCCCAGCUCCCCUACACUCUCAUGUGAUUCCCCACAUCUUAAAAAGUCCUGUCUCCUCCUCUCGGGGUCUAGCCUUAACCCUCUACACUCUAGCCAUGUCAGCCCAGUUGUUCUGAGGAAAAGUGUUUCUUUCACUGAAGAGCUGCUUCUGGCUGCUUCUGGAAUGGGCAGUGGGAGUGCUGGAAAAGAAGGGGGGCCAUUUAAAACUCUUUUAAGACAGCAGACUCAGUCAGCUCUGGAACAAAGGGAAUUUCCGUUUUUUACCUUGACGGCCUUUCCACCAGGCUUCCUUGUCCAUGUUGGUGGUGUUGUCAGUGCACGUUCUGUGAAGCUCUUGGAUCGCAUUCACAAUCCUGAUGAACCAGAAACACGAGAUGCAUGGUGGGCAGAAAUCAGACAAGAAAUAAAAUCCCAUGCCAAGGCAUUGGGUUGUCAUGCUGUAGUGGGCUACAGUGAAUCAACUAGCAUUUGUGAAGAGGUCUGUAUUUUGUCCGCGUCUGGCACAGCAGCUGUACUGAACCCUAGGUUUCUUCAGGAUGGCACCAUGGAAGGCUGUUUGGAACAAAGGUUGUCAUGGCAGCCUGGCUUCUUUUCCAUAGGGUCAGAGAAGGGAGAGGUUGAUUUUUUUCCUCAGAGCCAAGAUAGUUCUUCUCUAUUAGGGAUUGAAGAAGCUUCACCACCAGGUUGUGGAUUUUGCCAUAUUCCAUAUGAUGAAUUGAACAUGCCAUUCCCUGCUCACCUCACUUAUUGUUACAACUGCAGGAAGCAAAAAGUUCCUGAUGUCCUUUUCACCACAAUUGAUCUUCCUGUAGAGGCAGCAGUUAUUGGGAAGGGAUGUCUUAUUCAAGCCAGGUUAUGCCGUCUAAAGAAGAAAGCUCAAGCAGAAGCAAAUGCAACAUCUAUCAGUAAUCUCUUGCCAUUUAUGGAAUAUGAAGUGCACACUCAACUGAUGAAUAAACUGAAGCUGAGAGGAAUGAAUGCUCUGUUUGGGCUAAGAAUUCAAAUCACUGUGGGUGAAAAUAUGCUAAUGGGGUUGGCAUCUGCAACAGGUGUGUAUCUAGCAGCUUUGCCAACACCUGGUGGUAUUCAGAUUGCUGGGAAGACUCCAAAUGAUGGCAACUAUGAGCAGCAUAUAUCUCACAUGCAAAAGAAAAUAAAUGAUACGAUAGCAAAAAACAAGGAGCUUUAUGAGAUUAACCCUCCAGAGCUACCUGAAGAAAUCAUUGGGUCUCCCAUUCCAGAACCAAGACAACGUUCCAGGUUGUUAAGAUCUCAGUCAGAAAGCUCUGAUGAAGUUACAGAGCUAGAUCUUUCACAUGGGAAGAAGGAUGCUUUUGUCUUGGAGAUUGAUGAUACAGAUGCGAUGGAAGACGUACAUUCUUUACUGACAGAUGCUCCACCACCUUCUGGUUUUUACAGUUGCAACACAGAAAUUAUGCCUGGUAUAAAUAACUGGACACCAGAAAUUCAAAUGUUCACAGCAGUAAGAGUAUCCAGAUUAAGCAACAUUAAUCUAACAAAUCAAACACUUAAUAAGAACUUCAAUGAUCUCUGUGAGAAUCUGUUAAAGAGCUUGUAUUUUAAACUGCGAUCUAUGGUUCCUUGCUGCCUUUGUCAUGUAAAUUUUACAGUUGCUCUACCAGAGGAUGAAAUAGUUCAGAUUGCAGUCACAGCUGUUGCAAUUACAUUUGACAAAAACCAAGCAUUACAAGCCAGUAAACCCCCUAUAGAAAAAUCACAGCAAAGAGCAUCAACAGAUAAUGAAGAACAACUACAAUUUCCAUUGGAACUUAGCUCUGAUCCCCUUGCUUCUCAACCAUUCUCACCAGCUAAAGAAGUCCUGGAGGGUGCAAGUUCCCACACAGGUAUUCCUGCUGCUCAGAGAGUGAUGAAGUCCCAGUCAGGCAGUUGGUUCACAACUGUGACCUCACCAGAAAUCGCAACGUCAAUUGAUUACAGUUCCUUUGCAGACAGAUGCAACAGCUGGAUAGAGCUCAUUAAACUGAAAGCUCAGACCAUAAGGCGCGGAUCAAUUAAGACAACUGCUUCACUUGAGAAAGCGAGUCCAUUGGCUGAGGGAUACUUACGGCAUCGUUCUUUCCCAUCAUGUGCUAAUUCUACCGUCUCAGUUGUUAAGAUGACACCUCUUUCUUUUAUACCUGGAGCAAAAAUAACCAAAUAUCUUGGGAUAAUCAACAUGUUUUUUAUACGAGAAACUACUUCUUUACGUGAGGAGGGUGGUGUCAGUGGCUUUCUCCAUGCUUUUAUCGCUGAAGUGUUUGCAAUGGUGAGAGCACAUGUUGCAGCUUUAGGGGGCAAUGCAGUUGUCUCAUACAUAAUGAAGCAGUGUGUUUUCAUGGAGAAUCCGAACAAAAAUCAGGCCCAGUGCUUAAUAAAUGUAAGUGGAGAUGCAGUCGUCUUUGUACGUGAAUCUGAGUUAGAAAUGCUACCAGUGCAACCUUCUACAGUUGUUUCUCAACCUGCAAGUACUGGAGGAGAUGUUACAACGUGAAGACAGAAAAAUUGAAACGGUCUCUGUCAAAUAGAUUGUUCAAAAUAUGGGAAUGUUAGGUUUGCAGCUUCAGAAUCAAUAUCUCCCAUCAACAUCAUUAGCCAAAAUCUAAGACAAUCACUGUAUUUUGUCCUUCAGGUUUAUGCAAUAGUCAGGACAGCAUACUGGCAGGUAUGCUCUGAUUUUUUUUAUUAAAAUUACAGGACCUUUGAAACCUAUACGGAAAGAGAAGCACCCAUGGAAAACUAUGCAUUGAAAUAGCAGGCAUCACAUGAAAGUAAACAAAAAUCCUGUUGUAUUUUUCAGCUGUUCAACAGGACCAUGAUAAGUUAAAAUUCAGACCCAUCUCUGAGUUUGCUUAUUGUAUUAGCUGAUUCUCAGCUCAGCUUAAAGAAAAAAGGGAGUGGGGAGCAGGUGGGAGGUAACUGAGAGUCCUGUAUUAGCGACCUUUGCUGGAGAACCCAGAGAUACAGGCUAAUAAAAUGUGAAGCCUAAACUUGUUUUAGAUUGUACAGCGAGGAGUGGAAGAAGCAGCACCAAAAAGUUAGUUUGAAUUUCUGCACGCUAAAAAUAUUUUUCAACUGUUUGAGAACUGCCGUUUUUUAAAAAAUUAGUAGUAUAUGAAAUAUGUUUUGGGUGUUUGUUUUUUUUUUUUUUUUUUGGAAAAGCUAUCAGACCAUAAUGCUGUUCUGAUAAUCCCUAUGAAUUAAAAAAAUAAUAAUAAAAUAAUGGGUUAUGUGCUGUUAUAAGAUUUCACUUCAAUGUUGACAAAAAAAAAACAACUUAUAUAUAAGGUUCUGUGAAAGAAUUGUCAUGAGGCUGAUUACCUUAAGGAAUGAUUUCUUGCAAGGAUGACAUUAGCAGUUCUCUGAAAGUGUACAGAGGUAUAGUCCGGCCUCCUUUCCAUUGGAGAUGGGAAAUGCCUGGCUAAUUAGAGACAGACAUAUGGUUGUGAUGCUAAUUUCUGCUAGUUGUUCUUCUCUUCCAGUACAGUAACUGGGAAAUGAGGGUACUGCAAAGAAAGGAAAUUUGUCAUUUCUGGUAAAUGUCUGAAAGGCAGUGAUAUUUUAGUAUAAAAGAUGCAAAUCUUUGAUCUGAAGAUGCAUUCUUACUUAAAUCUGACUGUCAUACAUGGAACUUGAACAAACAUGUAAACUUGAAUGUAAAUAUUCUGCUUAGUGUUGAAAUUAAGCAAUGGCAUGGUUAUUUGUUAAAAUAUUUCAUUGUAAAUGAGCAUGAAAAUCAUUCUUUGCACAAUAAAUUUGUGUAAAAAAUAUCUUGCCUUUUUAUA